UUCUGGAGGCUGAGAAGUCCAAGGUCAAUGUGCUGGCUGAUUCCUGUUCCUACUGAGAGCCCUAUUUCUGGCUUGUGGUUCGUUGUCUUCUUGCUGUGUACUUAAAUGGCCUCUCGCUGCUGUGGCCUCUCCGGUUGCGGAGCACAGGCUCCAGACAUGCAGGCUCAGCGGCCAUGGCUCACAGGCCCAGCCGCUCCGCGGCAUGUGGGAUCUUCCCGGACCGGGGCACGAACCCUCAUCCCCUGCAUCGGCGGGCGGACUCUCAACCACUGCGCCACCAGGGAAGCCCUGUUCUGGCAACUUUUGACCCACAUUCCGUCAUGGCAACGAUGGAGCGACGGGCUGCAGAAAUGACUCCAGGAAGCAACCUACAUGCCCAUCGACGGAGGAAUGGAUAAAGAAGAUGGGGCACAUACGUACGAUGGAAUAUUACUCAGCCAUCAAAAAGGAUGAAAUAGGGCCAUUUGCAGCAAUAUGGAUGGACCUAGAGAUUGUCAUACUGAGUGAACAAACACUGGUGAUUGAUCGAUCCCCUGUUGUCUUUCUGGCUGGACUGGGACCACACCUCAGGAACAAACAAUGUCUUGGGCAACUGGCACCAUCAGCUGUGUUGGCAUAACAGCAUGAAAUCUGUUUGUUAUUCCUGCAAAGCCAAGGAAGAAAGGUCUGAAACAGGAAAGCCUCAUUAUCCGAAGGUAACUUGUCUUGGAAAAAGCCCACUUAAGGUGAGUCACUUAAAACAGGAGCUAACAUGUCAAAGUAAAUAGAAAAAAUAAGGGGUGAAUAGAGCUUUAUCUUGGGGAAAAAAACGGCGGAAGUGAAUAUUCACUCAUUUCAUUUUACAAGCGUUUACCGGGUAGCUACCAUGGUAGACACCAUUUUCAGCCCUGGGGGUACAGUAGUGAAUAAGACCCACAAAUCUUUGUCUUCAAAGAGCUCCCAUUCUAGUGGGGGAGGCAAUUAUAACACAAAUAGACGAACAAUUAUUACACAUCAGGUCCUAUGAAGAAAAUAAGACAGAAUAAAGUGAUGGGAGCUGCUAAUUUAGGGAGUGUGGUCAGGGACAUUUUCCUCAAGGAAGCACAUUUGAGCAGAUCUGGGGGUGGUGUUCCCAGCAAAGGGAAUAGCAAGUGCAAAGGGCCUAGGGAAGGAUCAAGUUCACCUGUUGUAAUAAGAGCAGGGAGGCCAAUAUGAUUGGAGGGAAGUUCAGAGUUGUCUCAGGGCCAGGGUGCAUAGGGCCUGGUAGGUCAUGGUAAAUAGCAAAUAUGUUAUAAAAAUGUUCUUACUUUCCAUUAUGGAUAUAAUUGUCAUAGCUAAUUCUUAGAAACAAUGAAAAAUAAAUUAUGCCCAUUGGAGGGGAUUUAUAUAUAAUUUUUCUGCAAAAAUUUUAAUAGCUCAGAAUGAUCACCUUCACUUGACAUUUGACAUGUACUACAUAAUUAUUAAAAGGUAACAUUUACAAAAUUAAUUAAGGGCUUCAUACAUUUUUCCAAGAACCACUCUUAAUCCUUUGAUAUUUAACUCAUUCCCUUCGGUAUUGACAUGUCACCAUCCUUGUCAAUUUUUUAUUCUUGUUAUUGCCAAAACCUCGUUUAUCACUGGUCUUGAAUGUGAUUCAGACCAGUCUCCACCAUCACUUCCACUGACUUCAUGGAAUCCUGAAUCUUUUACACAAAUUAAAACUUUGAUUAGCAAUCCGUUUACAUAUCUGCAUUUUGUUGUCAGAUGAAUCAAAGAGAGAUUGUCACACAGAGGUGGACUUGCUGUACACUAGCAUUCGUUGGAGGGUGGGGGGAUGUUUGAAUGGAAACCAAUAUCAUAACCAGUACUCCACUGGUUUAUAUUUUUGGUAUCUCAGCUUUGCCUCGCUGGACAUCUUUGAAUCUUCAGGAGCUCCGAGCGGUCGAUCACUCAGAUGAUGAGGCCUCUUUGGUUGCCACAUCAGACCAUCUGGGAGACUAGAAUUCCACUGAGGACACUUUGGGAAACACUGAUCUACAACUUACUUCUAGAACUCCAGGACUCAUUGAAAUUAGUCCAGCUAAUAGCUCUACAAUUGCCUCCAAGUGUUCAAGUGAAAGGAAGAAUUGCACAUCUCUCACUAGCAUCAAAAGCUAGAAAUGAUUAAACUUAGUGAGGAGGACAUGUGAAAACUAUAGGCCUGUUGUGCCAAACAGCCAAGCUGUGAAUUCAAAGGCGAUGUUCCUGUAGGAAAUUAAACACAGCAUCCAUUCUUCAGCCCAUGAAUCGAGGAGUACUUUAGACUUUCAAGCCUUGCUGUCUAAGAAAUAGAUCUUGUAAGGCUGUAGCUGCCCUAGGUUGUGAUUCCUCUGAUGGAUCUGGGCGAAGUAAAUUGAAAACCUUCUGGAAAGGAUUCACCAUUCUAGAUGCCAUUAAGAACAUUGGUGAUUCAUGGGAAGAGGUCAAAAUACCAACAUUAACAGCAGGUUGGAUGAAGUUGAUUCCAACCUUCACGGAUGACUUUGAGGGGUUCAAGACUUCAGGUGAUGAGUCAGUAACUGAAAAUAUGGUGGAAAUAGCAAGGGAACUAGAAUUAGAAGUGAGCCUGAAGAUGUGACUGAACUGCUGCAAUCUCAUGAUAAACCUUUAACGAAAGAGUUGCUUCUUAUGGUUAAUAAAGACAGUGGUUUCUUGAGAUGUAAUCUACUCCUGGUGAAGAUGCUGUGAAGAUUAUUGAAAUUGCAGCAAAAGAUUUAGAAUACUACACACACUUGGUUGAGAAAACAGUGGCAGGGUUUGAGAGGACGGACUCCAAUUUGAAGUUCUGUUGUGGGGAAAAUGCUAUCAAACAGCAUUGCAUGCUCAUUCGUGAAUGGAAGCUUAAAUUGACGUGGCAGACUUCCUUGUCUUAUUUUAAGAAAUGACCACAGCGUCCCACCCUUCAGCAACCACCACCCUGACCAGUCAGCAGCCAUCAACAUCGGGGCAAGACCCUCCCCCCGCCAGCCAAAAGAUUACAACCUGCUAAAAGCUCAGCCUUCAGGAUAAUUCCUUCAGCAGCACCGCUGUAACAGAAGAUCUGGCUAUAGGAGGAAUGCGUUAUCUAGUCUCAUGGUUAAAGCUUUCGAUUGGGACGACUAACACCGUUCAAACAUGGAAUGAAGGAGUGAAUAUUUUACUCAAGGCCAGCAUGCAUGGUGUGACGAAGACACGGUCUCUCUGCAUGAAGAUCAGACUGACUGCUCUAGUCUCAGAGAUGAAGACGAUAAAGAAAAUUAUCCCGAUGCCGGGGCUCCGCUAGAGGAGCCCGUGCCGUCCCGCGAGCCGCCGCAGCAUGUAGAGCAGCCCGCGAGGCUGGACGUGCUGCGACCCAGCAUGGGCAACUUCAAGUCCCGGAAGCCCAAGUCCAUCUUCAAGGCCGAGAACGGGAGGAGCCACGGAGAAAGUCAGGAGACAGAGCAUGUGGUACCCAGCCAGUCAGAGUGUCGGGGGAGAACAGGAACGCCAGCUCAGGAGAGUCCACAAAACCACACCUUCAGGUGCCAAGAAACCGUGCGAGCUCAACGAAGAAUAGACCAGAGGGCGGCCGUGUGGCCAAAGGAUGAAACUCGGCAGGACCUCAAUGAGGAAGAAGCCGCUCAGGUGCACGGAGUCAAGGAUCCAGCCCCGGCGUCCAGCCAGAGCGCCCCUGCUGAGGGGGCAGAUGCCACAGACCCUGUGCCAGUGCAUAAAGAUGUGCAGAGUGAAGCGGACAGUGCACCAGAAGACCUCCAGUCUGUUGAGACUAGCAGGCUGCUCUAUCACAUCACUGAUGGUGACAACCCGCUUCUGUCACCACGAUGCUCCAUCUUUAGCCAAAGCCAGAGAUUCAACUUAGACCCUGAAUCAGCCCCUUCUCCACCCAGCACUCAGCAGUUUAUGAUGCCCCGAAGUUCUUCUCGGUGCAGCUGUGGUGAUGGCAAAGAGCCACAGACCAUUACCCAGCUCACCAAGCACAUCCAGAGCCUGAAGCGGAAAAUUCGGAAAUUUGAAGAAAAAUUUGAACAAGAAAAGAAAUACCGGCCUUCACAUGGUGACAAGACAUCUAAUCCUGAAGUCCUGAAAUGGAUGAAUGAUUUGGCUAAAGGUCGUAAACAGCUCAAAGAACUAAAGCUGAAGCUGUCAGAAGAACAAGGGAGUGCUCCCAAAGGCCCACCUAGAAAUCCAUCCUGCGAGCAACCCGCAGUCCCCCGAGAGAAUGGGAAGCCGGAAGCUGUGGGCCCUGAGCCAGGCUCCUCUGGAGAGGAGACUCCAGAUGCUGUGUUGACAUGCGUGAAGGAGAAGAGAGAGCAGCUUCCUUCUCAGGAGGUUUCUAAGGUAACUAAGCAAGACAAGAACCUCAUAAAGCCUCUUUAUGACAGAUACAGAAUUAUCAAGCAAAUCUUGUCCACGCCUUCCCUUAUUCCAACAAUUCAGGAGGAAGAAGACUCUGAUGAAGACUGUCCACAGGGAAGCCAACAACUUUCUUUGCCAAACCCAGCAUCCCACCUUCCUAUUGGCGACCACCUCACCUACUCUAAUGAGACUGAGCCUGUUAGGCUCCUGCUACCAGAUGAAAAGAAAGAAAUCAAACAACCAGCUCUCUCCAUGUCCAAUUUACAUGAGGCCACCAUGCCUGUACUUCUUGACCAUCUCCGAGAAACUAGGGCUGACAAGAAGAGACUUCGGAAAGCCUUAAGAGAAUUUGAGGAACAGUUUUUUAAACAAACAGGAAGAAGUCCACAAAAGGAAGAUAGGAUACCAAUGGCAGAUGAGUACUAUGAAUACAAGCAUAUAAAAGCCAAACUGAGACUAUUAGAGGUCCUCAUCAGCAAGCAAGAUGUGGCCAAAACUAUUUGAGGUUCAGGAAAUGUUUGUGAUCACUUUGACCCAAGAUAAGUCAAGUUUAUUUUCCUCUGCCGUUCUUGCUAAGUAGUUAUGACAAAUGAAAAUUGAAGCACUUUAGUGUAUUAGCUGUUUUUAAGAAUGGAUGGCAAGUGUAAUUAUAAAUGAGUAGAAGGGAUUAAAAAGGGAGGAGAUACAAAAAGGAACAGUAUAAUUGGAAAAUAAAAUUCAGUCUUCUCCAGGCCAGGGAGAAAAUGCACAGUCAAUAUAAUUAUUUCAGAAAACAUCUAUUUUAUCAAAUCUAAAUAAUACAAAGCAUCCACCUGUUAAAUGGGCUACUGGUUAAGAAAGUCUACUUAGUGUCCAAAGAUUGCUUAUAUUGACAUAUGGAAAAGAGCAUAAUUUUAAAAAAUCAGUAAGAGGAAGAAAAGAAACUUUAUUUUAUGUAGGAAGGAAUACAGCUAGUAAGAAUGUAAUUUAUUUGAAACUUCUAAUAGAUUUUUAAGUGAUUAAAAAAAAAUCUACUACCUUGUUCCUUAAAUCUGCUAGGCUUUCAGCACCCUAAAAUAUACGAGAAUGUGUCACUGAUAAUUUUUUAUUUCUAUAUAAAAAUAGCACAUUAUUUUAUCUGUUACUUAAAAUUUUACAUUUCUGAUUACCAAAGUUCAUUCUGAUAGCAUGUACUUUGUGAAUUAUCUUUGUCUAUAUAACAGAUGUUUAUAUUAAAAUAAAAUAUUAUAUUAAAAUUUGAAAAUAGGUAUUUUGGAUAGAUGUGUCUGUAGUAUAUAAUCUAAUGUGAUCAUAGUUAUGAUUGCUAAUCUUUGUUUACUAUAAGAUUAUAUAACUAUUUUUCCAUUGGAAAUUUUUUUUUUUAAUGUUCCAAGGUCUAUACUUUGUGAAGUCAAAAAACUUUCCCAUGAACUAUAUAGUUGUUCUCCAUCUGUAUAAAAUGAAAGGUUUAGAAAUUGUUGCUAUGACACCUUGGGAAAGAAGCCAGGAUAUUUUAUUUGCUUCAUCCACUUUAGCGUGUGCAGUUUUGUACUAAAUCAAUCACCUGUUUAUUACUUUUGCUUUUGUAAAAAUAAGUAAGAGGUCCACAUUUUCUCUUGUACCAACCAUGUUUAUAUUUCUCUUUUCUGUAAUGUUUACGCAUGGUGUUGAACACAUUCACACUUUCACAUAGUUUGGAUGGGAAGAAUAUUGACUAUUUCUGAAGCAGACUAUUUCAGGCUUAUUGUUUUCUCUGUAUUUACCUGAUAUUUUAUAAAUCAGAAUAAUGUCCUUCAUAAAUUUGUUUAAUUAAAGUCAUCUACUUGUAACAGAACAGAUACACAACUAUUUGAGGUUUACAAACUACAUCUUUGAUAAGGGAAAUGGUUUCGUGACAUGUAUACAAUUGCUAUUAAAAUGUAACUCUAUAUAUUCUAUAAGAUUGUAAAUAUUUUAUACAAUACAAAUAAAAUAUUUUUCUAUUAUA